AUGCCACCUCCGUCUCCUCCGAAGAGCGGCCGCGCCCAGGUGCGCCGGGCCGCGCCCGGGGCGGGCGGAGCCGCCGGCGCGGAGCCCGCGGAGCCUGCAGCCCUGGGGCCCGCAGCCGUGGGGCCCGCAACCGUGGGGUCUCUGCCCCAUGGGACCCGUCCGUCCUGCCGUGCGGGUCAGCGUCUCUCUGCGAGGGUCAGUGUCCGCGCGGGGCCGGGGAUGGCGCGGGCUCUGAGCGGAGGGGUCGCGGAGGGGUCGCGGAGGGGUCGCGUCAGAAAUUACAGGAGCUCUGCAAAGACAUGUAAAGGAGUGAGCAGAGUGGAGAGAGCUCUUCCAGAGCUGGGCCUGUCUCGUGAAUCAUUUGUCCUUUUUCUGCUCCUAGGUGCUGUGCUUUCUUUUUCUUACCGUGACUCCUGCUAAGCAUGGUGCCAAAUCAUCAACAUGUUUGAAUCACAGUCUCCUUUCCUCACCUCUAUGGAGGGGAGAGGCAAUGACACAAACUGGAGCAUUUCCAUGCCUUCUGCAAGCAAAUACCACCUCUUCAUUGGCUUGGCUCUGGCUAUAGGUUCCAGUAUCUUUAUUGGUUCUAGUUUCAUUCUGAAGAAGAAAGGACUUUUGAAACUGGCAGACAGAGGAGUCACCCGAGCUGGACAAGGUGGAUAUUCUUAUUUGAAGGAAUGGCUUUGGUGGGCUGGACUACUAUCAAUGGGAUUAGGAGAAGCUGCAAAUUUUGCUGCCUAUGCCUUUGCACCUGCAACCUUAGUUACCCCUUUGGGUGCACUGAGUGUUCUCAUAAGUGCUAUAUUGUCAUCCUAUUUUUUAAAUGAGAAGUUGAAUAUUCAUGGAAAGCUGGGCUGUGUACUGAGCAUUUUGGGGUCAACAGUCAUGGUUAUUCAUGCCCCAGAGGAGGAGGAGGUCACCUCACUAGAUGAGAUGGAAAGAAAGCUACAAGAUCCAGCAUUUGUUACAUUUGCUGUUCUCCUAACAGUCGUUGCCCUUGUCCUCAUUGUUUUCGUGGCUCCAAAAAGAGGUCAAACAAAUAUACUGAUCUACAUUUUAAUUUGCUCGCUCAUCGGUGCCUUCUCUGUCUCAUCUGUGAAAGGCCUGGGCAUUGCCAUUCAACAAAUGCUGGAGGGGAAGCCAGCCUAUCGCCAUCCUUUGGUUUACUUUUUGGUGGGCAUCUUGGUGCUCUCAGUCAGCACUCAGAUCAACUAUCUCAACAAAGCACUGGACGUGUUCAACACAUCCCUCGUGACACCCAUUUAUUACGUGUGCUUCACUACGACAGUGGUGACCUGCUCCAUCAUCUUGUUCAAGGAGUGGAGUAGUAUGGAACCGCGUGAUAUCAUUGGAACCCUGAGUGGAUUCUGCAGCAUCAUCAUUGGCAUUUUCCUAUUGCAUGCUUUCAAGAACACUAGCAUCACCUGGAGUCAGUUGAUGUCCAGUAUUGCCAAAGAACCGUCACGGCCACACCAUGAAAUUGAAACCAGUCACACUUUGCUGGAAAGCAUGGAAGACCCGGCUUUGGUGUAUGAGGAGGACAACAUUUUAUUCAGUCAAUGAAACACUCAAGCAGUGUUUAUCAUCAAAAUAUCAUGAACUGCUAACUCAGCCCACCCAUGUCUACUAGAAGCCUCUACUUUUCUGCAGUCCUCUGGAAAUUUUUCGUGAAGCCUGUUAAAUUUGGGCCACUCCCCUCUAUGUUUGCAGUAAUGAAUGAAAAUGUUCAGUAAUUAGCAUGACAGAAACCUAGUGGUGAUUAUAUGUUAGGCAAUGAAAAAAACACGGUCCUUUUUUGAUGCAGCAUCCCUUGGGAAAUUUCAGCAAAAAAGAAUGUUCUUUGUAAGCCACAUUUUAAAAAAUUGGUAAGGAUAAAAGGAUAAAAAACAAUCCUUGAUGAAGUGGCAG